AUGUCUUCAAUGAAAGACUUUGAGGUGCUGAAAACAGUCGGUUCUGGUGCUUUUGGGAAAUGCCAGAAAAUUCGAAGAAAGUCUGAUGGGAAAAUCCUUUUAUUGAAGGUGGUGAGCACCCUGAAGAUGAGGAGGAUUCUCCAACAGAAGCUCAUCCAGGAAGUCAACCUGCUGAGGGACUUCGACCACCCAAACAUCGUGCAGUAUUUUGAUCACUUCAUAGACCAGAAGAACAAAAAGGUCUAUGUUGUGAUGGAGUACUGCAAGGGUGGUGAUCUGGACAGCAUCAUCAGGGACUGUAUCAGGCAAAGGAUUUUCCUCCCGGAGGAAGUCAUUCUUCAGGUUUUGGUGCAGCUCACCUCGGCCCUGCAACACUGUCACAGACGCCCUGAUGGCAGUAUUGUUCUGCACCAGGACCUGAAGCCAGCUAACGUUUUUCUUGACAUCAACUUUAACGUUAAGCUGGGUGACUUUGGUCUGGCAAGUAUCCUCCCUAGUCGGAAUGACUACAUCAAGAUGCAGACUGGAACUGUUUUCUACAUGUGUCCAGAAAAGCUGAACCAGACUUUUUACCAUGAAAAGUCUGAGAUCUGGUCCCUGGGUUGUCUCAUUUAUGAGCUGUGUGCUUUGAAGUAA